AACGCGUCAUUGUGUCUGCCGCCUAAGCAUUAAAUUUUAAACUAUAAUCUGUUUUGCUUUAGUUAAAACAAAUCGUAUGAAAACCUUUGUGUCACUAUUGAAAAUGAAAACAAACCCGACAAUAUCAAAUAAUACAUUAGGAAAAGCUGACGGUUUACAAGCAAAUGUUGAUAAAGAUACCAUGUCAUUUACGACGCCGUGUCCUUCCUCCGCAGCACCAAACGGGAAUGGACAAAAGCGGCCAGUCUCGUUGGACUUGAAGCAAAGUGCGAAGAAAUCACGCCUCGUCGCGCCACCGCCGCUUACCAUUGAAUCGCAAGAAAAUCAAAAUAUGAAAACGCUAAGUACACCUGAUUUGGAAAAGAUUCUUCAUUUACUGCCUACACCUCAACCCGGACUUCUGUUUCCUACCAAAACUGGGCCAGUUACCUCAGAGCAAGAAGCUUUCGGGAAAGGGUUUGAAGAAGCCUUACAUAGUUUGCAUAACAGCAAAAAUGCGCAAGCUAACAACACUACGAUUGCUUCUGCCAGCUCAGAGAUAUCAACAAACGUAGUCUCUUCUACAACUACUGCUGUAACAGGCAUGAGCGGCGGCUCAUUUACAUAUACGAACUUAGAAAGCUUUCCCGUAGCAAUUAAAGAUGAACCACAAAAUCCCCCAUCAUCCCCGCCUGUAAGUCCAAUUGACAUGGAGACACAGGAGAAAAUUAAACUGGAACGUAAAAGACAACGAAAUCGUGUGGCCGCGUCAAAAUGUCGCAAACGUAAACUCGAGCGCAUUUCGAAAUUAGAAGAAAAAGUUAAAUUACUUAAAGGUGAAAAUACCGAUUUGGCCCUAAUUGUCAAAAAUUUGAAAGAUCACGUUGCUCAACUGAAACAACAAGUUAUUGAACAUAUUGAAUCUGGUUGCAGCAUACAAACAAUGUGUAACGGAACUACUUUAAUACAAAGCAAAUAACAUGAGGCAGUAAACGAUGAUUUGACACUGGGAGAAGAUGAAAAAGACAUGAAUUUAGUUGCGGACCCCGUUUGUAUUGAAAAUUCACAACAAAUAUUUAUCACCGAUGAUGCACAGUCAUCUAAUACGAUAUUCAAUUCGAGCCUACAUGGUACACUAAUAAAUUCUGAAAAUCAAUCACUAGCAGCAGAGGCCUAUGAAUCCUUCCAAACGAGUGAUAACGACGACAAAUGUGUAUCAUCGUCUAAUUUUUUAAAUACUAUUGUUAAUGUCAAUAACACCGAUGCAAUAACCAGCGACGAAGACGUUCAUUUAAAUGGUAAUGAUCACUCCUUAGUUUUAGUUAUAAUUUGUAACGGUAACAAUGGGUCCCUACAAGAAUAUGAAACACCUCUCACAACAAAGUAAACUCAAACUAAAAUAUAAUAAGCACAACUUGGCCUUGAAUAUCGCAAUAAGCUUGAUAUGUUUUUAAGUAAGUGUUAAAAACUUUAUUAGUCAGUAUGAUAUAUGUAUAUGUAAUAAGCUUAAUAUACAGUAUAAGUUAAAUAAAAUGUUAGUCGCUGAUAUUGCGGUGCUGUGCAAUAUUAAAA